AUGGACAGUCGACAACAGGUUAAUCAGCUUCGCGAGCGCGUCUGCGCUUCAAUCAUCGGUCAGGAAGACAUCGUAGAUCGCCUGAUCAUCGGCUUGUUAGCCAACGGUAACCUGCUCAUCGAAGGGCUUCCGGGACUUGCGAAAACCCGCGCGGUUAAAAGCCUGGCAAAAAACCUGGCGGCAGAUUUUUCCCGUAUUCAAUUCACACCCGAUUUAUUACCCGCAGACAUCACGGGUACCGAGGUACUGCACACAACGGAUGCCGGGCACGAAUUCAGAUUUGAUCCAGGACCUAUUUUUGCCAACAUUGUACUGGCGGACGAAAUCAAUCGCGCGCCCGCCAAAGUGCAAGCUGCGCUGCUUGAAGCCAUGGAAGAACGCCAGGUCACCGUAGCCGGCACCACGCAUAAAAUGCCGCCCCUGUUCACGGUGAUGGCAACCCAGAACCCUGUUGAGCAGGAAGGCACCUAUCCCCUUCCUGAGGCGCAGAUGGACCGUUUUCUGAUGCAUAUCUAUAUCGACUAUGGAAACGAAGCGUCUGAGGGGCAGAUUAUUCGACUGGUCCGUGGCGAAGAACAUCCCGAACAAAACAAAAUCGCGGGUGAGGACAAUACAUCCCCUGCCCGACCUGAGCCGAUUCCUCAGGAAGCGGUGUUUGCCGCUCGCGAUGAAAUCAGUGUGGUCACCGUCAGCGACAUUGUGGAACGCUAUAUGGUGGAUAUUAUUUUUGCCACCCGCUAUCCCGAACGCUACAACGAAGAUCUGCGACGCUGGAUACAGAUCGGCGCCAGCCCACGCGGCGCGCUGGCACUUGAUCGCUGUGCCCGCGCCAAGGCCUGGCUGGCCGGUCGCGACCACGUCUUACCCGAAGACGUACGCGACAUGGCUCACGACUGCUUGCGCCAUCGCCUCACCUUAAGCUACGAAGCCAGUGCAGACGGACUUUCCGCCAACAACGUUAUCGAUCAACUGCUGGACCAGGCUUUUGCAGCUGACAACACCACCAAGCCGCGACUUGUGCUGCAAAUCACCGUCGAUGCGCUGCGCGGGGAUCUACCCACACGAUAUGCACACGUCCUGGGUGAAGGCGGUUUCCGUUACCUGAUGGAUGAAGGCAUUCGCUACACCAAUGCACACUAUCAGCACGCCAAUACAGAAACGAUUGUUGGCCAUGCCUCACUGGCCACCGGCACCACGCCCUCUGUCCACGGUAUGGUGGCCAAUGUCUGGUUUGAUCGCGAUCAGGACAGGCUGGUGUACAACAUCGAAGAUGCAAACUACCGCCUGCUGACACAAGGCGCUGACGUCGACGCCAGUACUGAAAUUGACCCGACUCAGAAAGCAGCCAAAGUAGAGGGACGCUCGCCUGCUGCCUUGCUGACAUCCACCUUCAGUGACGAACUUGCCAUGCAUUUUGCCGGCCAGUCCAAAAUUUUUGGCGUUUCCGUAAAAGACCGCGGUGCCGUGUCCCUGGCUGGCCACGCAGGUAAAGCGUUCUGGUUCUCCAAAGCCACCGGCGAAUUUGUAACCAGCACCUAUUACUACGAGCAAUAUCCCGACUGGGUAAAGACAUGGAACGCGCGCAAACCGGCUCAGGCUUACGCGGGUAAAACCUGGUCACUGUUGAACAAACCCUCUACGUACCUGUUUGGUGAUGCUGACAACCGUGAGUACGAAACAGACUUUCCAGGCUUUGGCCGCACUUUUCCUCACGCUUAUGGCGCUGGCGACGAUAAGUAUUUCACCACGCGGCUGACGCUGAGCCCUGCCGGCGAUAAGCUGACCCUGGAUUUUGCCAAGAAGCUGUUGAUAGAAGAAAAACUUGGACAGGAUGACGUGCCUGAUUAUCUAUCCGUCAGCUUCUCGUCCACAGACUAUGUCGGGCAUGUAUUUGGUGCUUCCAGCCUGGAAUCCGAAGACAACCUGGCACACCUCGAUCGCACCUUGGCCGACCUGUUGGCUCAUGUCGACAAACAUGUUGGUCUGGAUAACACGCUUAUCGUGUUAUCCGCAGAUCAUGGACAGCCCGAGGUACCCGGGUACCUGCAUGAAAGAGGCAUUCACACGGGCCAUUACUUCGAUACCGAAGCACUCGAUCGAACACCUGCCAUCCAGGCUUUGAAGGCCCGUUUUGAUAUCGGCGAGGAACUUAUCGAAGCAUUUUACCAGCCCUACAUUUACCUGAAUCGGGAAUUGAUCAAAGAAAAAGGGUUGGAUCAGCGAACCGUAGAGGAAGCUGUAGCCGAAGAAAUGCUUAAAUUCAAAGGCGUCGCUGCAGCGGUUUCAGGCACCGCGCUGCGCAGUGCGGAACUGCCCGACAGCAUGAUCAACACAGCGGUGCUCAAUAACGCGCACAGCAAGCGUUCCGGCGAUAUCUAUCUCGUCUUUGAACAGAGUGUUUUCAUCAACGACUUUGAUGGCCUGAUUGUGGCAUCGGUACACGGCUCGCCCUGGCGCUACGAUACUUUUGUGCCGGUAAUUUUUGCAGGGGCCGGUCUCACGCCCAUGCACGUGAGUAAUCCGCUACCCGAGGUGCAGGGUGACUGUCCAGACUCGCGCGUGUAUGCAGACCUGGACGAACUGGUUCGACUGCAGUUCGCCGCCCAGGGUUUCAGUUUUCUGCCGCGACAACCUGUACACAGCGUUCUUUAUGGUCGUCACGCUUCGCGAUUGCGUGGCCGUGGUCUUAACUUCGAAGAGUUGCGUGCUUAUGUACCCGGUGACGACAUCCGCAACGUCGACUGGAAGGCAACAGCCCGUGCCGGAGAACCGACCCUGCGGGUCUACACGGAAGAGCGUGAUCGACCUGUCUGGUUGCUUGUGAACCAACGGCAAAGUAUGUUUUUUGGCUCUAAAGAACGCACCAAGUCAGUCACCGCGGCAGAAGUGGCCGCGCUCACCGCCUGGCGCGUGCUUGGCGCGGGGGAUCGUGUUGGUGCGCUGGUGUUUGAUGAUAACGAUAUACAGAUGAUCCGGCCGCAGCGCAGUCGCGAUCAGGUCAUGCGUGUACUCGGUGCCAUUGUCAAAAAGAAUCAUCAGCUCAACGCUGAUAAUCCGCAGACGGCCAACCCAGCAAUUAUCAGCCAGGUGCUUGAGCGGCUCAGGCCCCAUGCCAAACACGAUUGCCUGAUCUGUAUGAUCGGUGACGGCAGCGGUUUCGACGAACGGGUCCAGGAUCAGGUUACCGAGCUGAACGCACAUAACGACCUGAUCUUCGCCAUGAUAUACGAUGCUUUCGAAGCUGAAUUACCCAACGCGGGACCGCUGACAGUCAGCGAUGCAGCACGCCAUUUGCUGUUUGACAGCGGCAAUCGCAAUCUGCGCGAUCGUUAUAAAGCGGAUUUUGAGGCAAGACUUGAGAUAGGGGGCGCCGUGUCUGAGACCACCGACCCUGGCAGCCUCAGUCGGCUGCACGAUAUUGUGCUUCCAGAUCCCGUCUUCUGGUGGCCACCCGCGCCCAGUUGGUAUGUUUUAGUCACCUUGUUACUACUGACACUUGUACUGGGUACCUGGUGGGGGUGGCAGCGAUGGCAGGCGCGAAGGUAUCGGCGUCAGGCACUUGAUGAACUGCGAGUGCUGCGCGAGCGGAACGAUGACCCGAAAUCAGCCGCGACUCAAAUACUCAUUAUCCUCAAGCGCACGGCACUGGUGGGUUUUCCUCGCGCGGAAGUUGCGCGCCUGAGCGGUGGGCCCUGGUGGGCAUUUCUCGACCGUACUGGGGCUGAUACAACUUUUGCAUCCGACUUUGGCCCCCUGAACGCUGGAUUGUCACACAUCAGACACCAGGCAAAGACGCAUCUCAUGCUGCAGUUUAGCCACAUCUUUGUGCUGCUCCUGCUACCCCUGCCGUGGCUGUCAGCGCGUUUGUUAUCCCAAUAUCGAGAGCGCCGGCUUGCCGUACGCGCGCCUUUCCUCGACCGCCUGGCACAACUCACUGGCCAGACGCCGGCAGCACCAACAGGCCAGCUCAGUGCCGCCCGUGGACAGCGAUUACUGCAUUGGGCAGUCUGGGCACUGGUUCUGAUCGCGUUGGCACGGCCGCAAUGGCUCGAAGAACCACUGACACAGACGUUACCCAUGCGUGACCUGCUGGUGGCCAUCGACCUGUCUGGUUCAAUGGCAACUGAGGAUUUCGCAGAUGCAUCCGGUGCGCAGGUGGCACGUUUAACCGCGGUUAAAUCCGUGUUAAGUGAAUUUCUCAAACGACGCGAAGACGAUCGGAUCGGCCUGAUUGUGUUCGGUUCAGCAGCCUUUGUGCAGGCACCCUUCACUGCCGACGGCACAUUGCUGCAGGACAUGCUGGCUGAAACCGAGGUCCGCAUGGCAGGUCCGCGCACUAUGCUUGGCGAUGCGAUCGGUCUCGCAAUCACCCUGUUUGACCGCAGCGACGUCGAAGAACGCUUGCUCAUUGUGCUGACCGACGGUAACGACACCGGCUCAAUGGUGCCGCCACAGCGUGCCGCAGAAAUUGCUCGAGACAAAGACAUUCUCAUCUAUACCGUCGGCGUGGGCGACCCCACCGCAGUAGGCGAGGAAUCUCUUGACGAGGUAGUUCUGGAAAGCGUUGCGGGUACCACCGGCGGACGCUAUUUUCACGCCGCUGAUGGCGUUGAACUGGAAACUAUUUAUGCCGAACUGGAUCGAUUAAACCCGCGCAAGGUAGACACCGUCAGCUUCAGUAAAAGUCGAGGCAGCAGAACGUUGACAGAACUGGCCGAAUUGCACCUGCUGCGACCGCUGUGGCUGUUGGCGCUGCUACCAGCUGGUUUACUCGUCUGGCUAUGGCGGCGACGACAGGCGGAUGUUGCCUGGCGACAGGUUAUGGCACCACACCUGCUCACGCAUUUGCUCACCGACGAAGAGCAAUCCAGCAGCCGAGUCCCGCCAAUGUACCUGAUUGCUGCGUUCUGGUGCCUUGCAACCCUGGCCCUGGCAGGACCGUCAUGGCAACGCGAGCCGACACCUUUUGCAGAUGACCAGGCGGCUCUGGUGAUCGCGUUGUAUCUGGGCCCCAGUAUGCUGGCUGCAGACAUCCAACCCACGCGCCUGCAGAGAUCCGUACACAAAAUUCAAGACCUGCUGGAACUGCGGAAAGGCGCGCGUGUUGCCCUGAUUGCCUAUGCGGGCAGUGCUCAUCGAGUUGUACCUUUCACCACCGACAGCAAUCUCAUCAAAACGUUUGCCGCCGAACUCGCGCCUGACCUGAUGCCUCUGCAAGGUAACAACCCACGGGCUGCCAUCAAAAUGGCACAGGAGAUGUUCACGCAAGCGGAUCAGGUUGGCAGUGUGUUGGUGAUUACAGACAAUCUUGAUCCAGCAGCCCUCACCGAGCUGGACAGUCAGAUACCACUCGAUGUGCUUGGCAUGGCAGCAGCGCCAGGUGCUGAUGCAGCGGCUACGGGGCCAGCAGCACCAGCGCUGGACCGGGAUGCCAUGAGUAAAGCCGCGGGGUUACUUGAUGGCCAACUCGUGGAAGUGACAAUCGAUGAUGACGAUGUCAUCACUCUGGCUCGACGCCUGGACCUGCGCCCCACCGCGGUCACCACGGAUGACAAUCAACGCUGGUUGGGUGGUUCGAUGGUCGAGUUGAGACAACAUUCUCCCCUGCCCUGCAGAGUGCUUGGCCUGCGUAUCGCUAUGAUCAUCAUCAUUGCGGGCAACACCCUCGGCUGCAGUCAGGACACCUGGUUGACGCCUGAGCAACAAGGUGAGCGGCUCUUUGCAGCCGGAGACUACGCUGGCGCCGCACAACGCUACACGGAUCCCAUGCGCAUAGGCGCCGCCUGGUAUCGGGCGGGCGAGUUUGAACGCGCAGCCAUGGCUUACGGUCAGCGUGCCUCUGCGCAAGCACAUUUCAAUCGGGGCAACGCAUUACUGAUGCUGGGCCGCUACGACGAUGCCAUCGCGGCGUACGAUCUGUCUUUACAGCAACGCCCUGUUUGGCCGCCCGCAACAGACAACCAGACGCUGGCGCGUAUCCGUCGGGCUAGACUGCAACCGCCUGAAGAUGAUGCCGGAGGCACCGGCGGCUUGUUAGCCGCGGAUGAAAUUGUCUUCGACACUACCGGUCGGGUGAAUCAGGCAAAGGGAGAAGAAACCGUGGACGCCAACACCGUUUGCACGGCAAUCAGAGACCAGCCAGUGAGCGCACGCUGGUUAUUCAUCUUUCUGCUGCUAUACACAGUGCUGGCAAGCCCAGCCGAUGCAGCUGAGCCAACAGAACCUCUCGACGCGCGAGUAAGAGCGGGACUUGAGACAACCGCUGACGUCUGGGUGGGUCAACAGAUCGGACUGACUGUGGAUAUCCUCAGCCCGGGGUCUACUUUUUCCAAACAACGGAUCUAUCUGCCGGCGGUGGCAGGCGCGCUGAUCCUGGAGGACGCGGUCACAACAAUCUAUUUGAACGAACGCAUCGAUGGUGAGACCUGGCAGGUGUUGCGCUACCGUUACCCGAUGUUUGUACAACGUAGCGGUACGAUAGAAGUCCCGCCUGUUGAUGUCGCAUUUGAAGUCUCUCCAGGUUUUGGCCAGGCGAACGUCGCCUUUGAUCUGAAUACGCAGAGCCUGUCACUGUCGGUGAACCAACCACCAGGAGUCACCAACUUACAGAAUCUGGUGACCACCGCCCGAUUCACGCUGAACGUCGACGUUACUCCGAACAAAACGGAACUGCAGGUGGGUGAUGCAGUUACUCGCACUAUUACUCGCACGGCCACCGGUGUUUCCGGCAUGGCCUUCGCCCCGCUGCCUGAACAUGAAAUAGCCGGCGUCGCCGCCUACCCAGAGGCGCCCUUGAUUGAUGACAGCAGUAAUCGUGGGGAACUGCGGGGCCAGCGCAUAGACACCGCCACAUUUGUGCUGCAGGCAGAGGGUGAAGUGGAUCUGCCUGCCAUUGAUCUGCAGUGGUGGGAUCCGCAGGCAGCACAGCUACAUGUGGAAACUAUCCCCGCGCUUAGCCUGACUGUGGCUGCUAACCCGGAACUGACGGCCACCCGAGACUUGGAACAGCAGACGCCAUCGGGAUUCUUGAAGUGGCUCUACCUGCUGGCGGCUGGGGUCGCAGGCGUGCUGGGGUGGCUUCUAAAUCGCCACCUGCCCAGCCUGAAAUCGCAUCUGCGGCAUCGCGCCCGGUUGCGUGCGCAGACUGAACCCGCCCGAUUUAAACAGUUGCAGCAGGCAUGCCGCAAAAACGAUGCGUUGCUGGCUUACAAUGCUUACUUACACUGGGCCUCUGCAGACCACGCGCCUGCUCAAGCGCUGUUGGCAUCACCGCCGCUAAAAGCUGCACGUGAGAAAACCCAACAGGCGUUCAUCACCGGUGACAAUACAUGGCGUGGUAAGGCGUUAGCAGAUGCCACUCAGCAGGCGCGUCGAGCGCAACAAGGUGCAAACCACCGCAAAGCUGAACAUGAGCUCGCAGCAUUGAAUCCGACGGAAGCCACUGGCAUCUUCCCGUCAUAG